AUCUCACCACACCGCCAGGGUAAAGCGCAAACUUUCCCCGUCAUCAAUUUAGGCACCAGGCGUGUCCAUAUAUCAGCACGAUAUAAUAAGGGUAGCCCUGCUGCCCAACGACCUAUAGAAAAAAAUUAUUUCACCAUCGCAUGCUCUCCUCCCUGGCUGUUGUGGGUUCGCUAAAGAGGAGCUAGCUAGCGAACAGUUGUUGUUUUUUUGCUUGUUAGCCUUGUAUUUAUGUAGCUGCGGGAGUUGUUUGGUUACUUCAAUUGUAUCCCUCGUAGGUCCAAAAUGCCUAACAUAAAGAUAUUCAGCGGCAGCUCUCAUCCGGACCUUGGCCAGAAAAUUGUCGAUCGCCUGGGACUUGAACUGGGGAAGGUUGUAACCAAAAAAUUCAGCAAUCAGGAGACAUGGUAGGUUGUGCUUAAGCAAUUCGUAUAUUUUGCCGAAUACCAGUUAUAUAGCAAGCUAACGUUAGUUAUUUUUACAAAUGUGUGAAUGUUGUAGGAAUGUUUGCUAACGUUAAAUAACUGAGAGUUUAAAGUUAGCCCACAUGGCCAAUUGAAAGUGCGAGUGAGUGGUCGUUGUUGUUAGCUAAGAUUAGUUUACCAUAAACCUGGCAUUGGAGUUUAACGGUGGUUGGCAUCCACAAACAUGUACCAGUAGUAUCUAGUUAGUUUAACUAGUGUUGGCAAUUUUAUGUUGACCAUCAAAUGAGAUUGGGUAAGGGCAGGAGGCCUCGAACUUCAACUCCCAAAAACCGUUUGGAAUGGGAUGUCAUUUCAAUGACCUUUCAGGGGUCGUCACACUAGUUACCACAGCACAAAGUCAAACCCCGCCUAUUUCUAAAAUGUAUCUUCUUAAAAUGUGAUUUUAAACACUGCUAACCUUACAUUAAGACCAAACAGCAAGUUUUUUUGUUUUCAUGAAUUUGUACGAUAUAGCCGAUUUUGACGUUGUGACUGUGCUAUCUAGUUGAAACUCUUUCAUGGCCCUUUACAUGUAUAAAUAGCUAGCUAGUUAGCUGAGAUGGCUAGUUAACGUUAACCUUCUCUCAUUCAAACAUACUUCACAGUGAAUCCCAUACCAUUCAUUGUCCCUCACGUGUGGAUACUAUGCGCUCCUUAUACAUGGGAGAUGCCGCGUUCACGUGCUAUUCGGAACUAGGUAACGCGGACAUUUCCGAUUUGCUAAAUGGGUGAACGCAUCACGUGUAUAAAUGCAACCAGUUAGCAAGUAAUAAUUAAUAAUAAAGCAAGUGUGACAUUUCCGAGUUUCUUAGUUCCGUUCCGACUACAACGUGAACGCGGCAUGAGACAAGCCAUCAUGGUGACGUCUCCUUUAUUCAGGUUGACUGUUGGUGCUUUCAAGACAACUGGGAACUCCGGGGAAGAAGAAAAAAACUGUCAAAUCAUGACAUCUGUGAUCUUCAGGCUGGAAAGUAGCAGCUCUAGAAAGAUGCCGCAUUCAAAACAACUGGAAACUCGAGAAAAAAAAUGAGGUCAAAUCAUGACGUCUGUGAUCUUCAUGUCGGAAAUUCUGAGCUCUAGAAAGAGGCCCGAGUUCCCGAGUUGGAUGACCGUUAAAAUCUAUUUAUCCCAGUCGUAGCUCGUUUUUUCCCCAGAGUUCCCAGUUUUGAACGAACUGAAGUCGGAGAUUUCCGAGUUCCCAGUUUUGAACGCCGCAAGAGGCCAGAGUUUCCGAGUUGGAUAACCAUUAAAUGGUUUUCCCCCAGUCGGAGUUAGUUUUUUCCGAGUUCCAGUUGUAUUGAACGCUCGAAAGUCGUAGAUUUCAGAGUUCCCAGUUGUUUUGAAAGGGCAUUUGGCUAGCUUACUUUACAUACUCCAAGUAGUGGUUAGCUUUUUUGCUUCAGUGACUUCUAGCCAAUUUGUCAGGCUAAAAGUUUCUCAGUUUAUUACUCUACUUCCUUUUGAUGCUAGCACCCCAACUGACCCUCUAGUAGGUGUAGUUAUGUGGCUAUGUGCUCUGUUGCAACAAAUUAUUUCAGUCUUAUCAAACCAAUUUAAAUUGUCUUUUCAUACAACCAUAUUACUACUUUUGAGUUGUGCUGUUUUGUUUUUAUUAGUGUUAUAAAAUGAUCCUGUUUGACAGUAGUCAUUAUGGGACUUGCUUACUUAUUGCAGGGUAUAAGUAGCAGGUGCCUUUGACAUGUGAAAAGGAAACUGUUUAUCUGGAGGUUUGUAAUAGCACUCAUCCUGAGCAUUGACAUCCAUAGGGUUCUUCAAUCUGUUUCUUUUUCAAGUUAUGUUGUUGGUAUAAUGUUAGAUCACAGAAUAGUUGGUAGAGCAGAAAUGUAUGACUGUGAAUAUACGGAACAUUCAUUCAUUGAGUGUUGUGUCCAUUGACCUGGAAGCCCAUGAUGCUAUGAUCUUAAUGUUCUCUACCUGUUAUGGUCCUGUCACCAUGUAUAGUCUACUGGCUGACACCGCAUGAUUUACUCCUGCAGCGUGGAGAUCGGGGAGAGUGUCAGAGGAGAGGAUGUCUACAUUGUCCAGAGUGGUUGUGGUGAGAUUAACGAUAACUUAAUGGAGCUCCUCAUCAUGAUCAAUGCCUGUAAGAUUGCCUCUGCCUCACGAGUCACGGCUGUCAUCCCCUGUUUCCCAUAUGCAAGACAAGACAAGAAGGACAAGGUGGGGGUGAGGGAAACUUAAAUAGUUUGUCUAUUCACAGCACCAACACACUACACCAGGGGUUCCCAAACUUUUUUUGGCCCACGACCCCAUUUUGAUAUCUAAAAAUUAUCACGACCCCAACCAUGUGAAAGAAAAAUUGUAAUUAACAGCCAAUUUUGACUUUUUUUUGUUUGUUGGGGCAAUGGCAGUCAAUUGAAAAACAUUCUAACACUAUUUCUGAUUGUCUUCUCAACUCAUCAUCACAUACUUUUAAUGUGGGGCUUUGACAGUCAAUUACAAAUUAGUCUGACAUAAUGUCUCUUAUAUCUCCACCACUAAUGAGAUGGGUGUGCUUGAUGCAUGGUACGUCAGAGUUUCUCAAAGUCAGGGGGCGUGGUCAAAAGUACACGCCUCAUCUCUGCUGUCACAUCCACCCUGGAUCGAUAUUUGGUUUUAAUGCAGAUGAGAGAACUUAAUGCAGCUUCACACCGAUAUGAGCUGGCAAAGAGUACCAUGAGUUUUAAUGCUCAGAGGGAGACUUCAGGCAAUGCCCUUUGAGUCAGGAACCAAAACUCCUCCGUAGUGACCCAUUAAUACGUUGUCUGUAGCAUUCGGUCACAUGACCACUUGAUCAGCUGUUCGAUUUCACUUACUGGCAUGUCAACUGAGCCAGGAUCAGUCAAACGGAUUGGAAAGUAGGUCAGAAAGUGCUCUUCCAAGCGUUGGAGGUGAGCAGCCAUCACUCGUGUGGGACACUUACUGAUGCUGUUUUCUGUUAGAAACAUGCACAGCCGAGGGAAGGGGUCAUGGUUCACUUUUGAAAGACUCUCCCAAUAAGAAUUAUUUUAGCUGAAUCCACUGAUUUGGUCACUCAUCUGUAGAAUGUUUUUGUAUUUCCCCUGCAUGCUUGCAUUCAGUUUGUUCAGUUUCCCAAAUAUGUCUGUUACAUAGGCAAGGAGACUGUUUCUUUUCAUUACACAGAAUGUCCUUUAAUUUUUUUUACAUCCAUUGUGAAUGACAACAGUUCUUCUUAAUGUGAAAAAUCUUUCCAACACUCCCUCUCGAUUAACCACCAAGCCUCGGUGUGAAAUAGAACAUUGUCAUGCUCUGAUCCCAUAUCUCCACAUAGGUUUGCGAACAGGCGUGUGCGCAGUGGAUGUAGUUUACAAUCGAAGUUACCUGCUGCAGUAUAUCUCUGAGUUCUGUGCUCAGCUCUUUUGCCGCCAGUUGCUCUCGGUGUAUCCAUAUGGCAGAGGGAGACUCAUUCAUAACUAGAGUGCAGAGGCUUGCCCCGCCAUAGAUUGAACCCCAUAUGUGCAAAAGCCCACCAUUCGAGCACAUGGAAUCUGUUUUUUGUCAAUAUAGCCACGCAGCACACUGAACAUCCCCUGUGCCGUUUUAUGCUCUUGAAUCGUGAGACAGAGCAAUAUGUCCUCGUGAAUAGCAUUCCCCGACAUGUGUAGCGAACAAAAGUCAAUGCAUGGGCAUCUCGGCCCUCACAGCUAACGUCCAUUUGGAGAGCAUAAGCUGGGUAGUUUGAGUCGUUCAGUCAGUUUCCUUUUGAUUGCUAGCAAUAGCAUACAUUUUUAGUUUAACAGUGUUAAAGGUAUUGAUGUGAGUUUCUGCGCCUCUGCCUCCCCACACAUUGUUUUCACCAUAUCAAUUGUGGCCGGUAAUUUCAAAGUCUCUGCAAUAGUGUGCGGUUUCAUAGCGUAGCGGGCCUAGCCAUUCACCGUGGGAAUGAAGUUCUCCCGUGACCCCAUUUUAAUAUCAGGAGACCUCACAUGGGGUCGCGACCCCUGGUUUGGGAACUGCUGCUCUCCACUAUCCAUAUCAAUCAGUCAGUAUUUGAUUGAUCUCAACAAAUAUUUGACUGCUUUUCAGAAACGCCCUAUUGGUCGAACCACUUUGGUUGAUUUGGAAUAUAACUGACAAAGCUAAUUCAGAAAGGAGAUUGGUCUUCCUCUGUUUAUUUUUUUUUAAUUGCAGUGGCUCAAUGGUCCUUCUUCAGGCUUUGUAUGAAUAUAGAGGUUAACAAUGUUCUUUUUCACAGAGUCGGGCACCCAUCUCUGCAAAGCUGGUGGCCAACAUGUUGUCAGUGUCAGGAGCCGAUCACAUAAUCACCAUGGACCUGCACGCCUCGCAGAUACAGGUGAGCAUUCUGGCACAUUAUUUGUCUCAUUCCAUCAGUAUAUUGCAGUCACUAGUGUAGGAUUCACAAGUCAAAUGUACAAACUAUUCCUUAGACUAUACUUGUGUUACAUACUAUAGUGAGCCACAUGACAUUUUCUCAGAAAAGCUGUUGCAAGUAAGGCAGUUUGAGGACACUGACCUAAUGAUCCUGUAUCUUAUCAUGGGUUUGCUCGCUUUAUGCCUCUGUAGGGGUUCUUUGAUAUCCCUGUGGACAAUCUAUACGCUGAGCCAGCUGUGCUGAAAUGGAUCAAAGAGAACAUCAAUGAGUGGAAGAAUUGCACCAUUGUGUCUCCUGAUGCCGGAGGAGCCAAAAGGUAAAGCAGGGACCAAUGGGCCUGGAGAUUCUUCAUCAAUACAAAGGGUCAAAAAGGACAGAUUUUAGUUGUUAGAAAUAUCAGCAUUGUUGAAAGGAUGAUGGUGGAUCAAUUCAUUACUUUCACCUUGUUCAUUAUUACAACCAUUUAGUUGUAUAUGCAACCAUCUUUUUGAUACUGUCAUUACAGUGCAUGUGUUUGUAAUUUGGGAUUAAUCAUAGAAUUAUAAACCUGUUUCUUAUUAUAUAUUCCCUUCCUCCCCAUAGAUGUAAAUUGUAAUGUGAUGUAACUUUGAGGAAUAAUUAUUAACCUCACCAAUCAGUGGAUUCCCCAUGCAGGGUCACCUCUAUAGCAGACAGGCUGAAUGUGGACUUCGCGCUCAUCCACAAAGAGAGAAAGAAGGCUAACGAGGUGGACCGCAUGGUCCUGGUGGGGGACGUGAAAGACAGAGUGGCCAUCUUGGUUGAUGACAUGGCAGACACCUGCGGCACCAUCUGCCAUGCUGCAGAUAAGUGAGUCACUACUGUGUUUUAGCUGCAUACAUCAUUACAGAGCAGAGACUGAAUAUUCAAUCUUUAAAUGUACAACAAAUACGACGAGCUAUUACAUCUGUUUAGGGAACAGUCUCUGAAAAUGAAAAUUUGUUGAUGGCAAGGUUGUUUACAAACAAAGGGGGGGAUUAUUCAACCUAUUUUAGUUUUCUUUUUCUUUUUUCCUUCUGGAUAUCCAGGCUCGUCUCUGCUGGAGCGACAAAGGUCUACGCUAUCCUGACCCAUGGGAUCUUUUCAGGCCCUGCCAUCACUCGCAUUAACAACGCCUGUUUUGAGGCUGUGGUUGUCACGAAUACCAUCCCUCAGGAGGACAAGAUGAAACACUGUACAAAAAUACAGGUCAGAAUAGGGCUGGGCGAUAUUUUAUAUAUGCUUUGUUGUACAAUUAAAGGUAAAAUACACUGCAUUUCAAACAGUCAGCAAUAAUCUAAUGAAUUCAGGGCUUGUGAAAUUAUACCUAGGCUAAAAUAUAAGCCUUCCACAACCAUAAGAACCACUAAUAAUUAGUGCUGAGCGACUAACUGAAAUGUAGUUUUCUUGUUUUUAAACAACUAAUUGACAGACGUUGGAUCAAUUAUUUUAAUUCCAUUUCAUUAGGUUUUUUCCUGUGAGUUCAAUGCGCACGUUGCACAGUUUCUCUACAGAUACAUCAGAUACAUCCUGAACUGUGUGAUGUUUCCAACAGGCCAAUAUUCUACACAGUUUAGCGCAUAAAACGUGGUAAUUAACUACAAUGACCAUAAUCCAUUGCGCAUCUACUUGUCCGGUCUGUUUAUUUUACGCCUGCUACAGAUGCGUUUCUUUUACGCCUGCUACGGAAGAGACAAGAAUGUGCGAUCGUGAGGAAUAUAGAGAGCAGCUGCGUGAGGUAUCUGUACCUGAUCAGUGAUUGAUAGUUGGCAUUCAGCAGUCAUUCAAUCAAUCAAUCAAUCAAUCAAUGCCUGGCUAUGAAAAGCCAAGUGACAUUUACUCCUGAUAUACUGACCUGUUGCAACCUCUGGCCUUAAUGGCCAUGUACUGUUAUAAUCUCCACCCGGCACAGCCAGAAGAGGACUGGCCACCCCUCAGAGCCUGGUUCCUCUCUAGGUUUCUGCCUUUCUAGGGAGUUUUUCCUAGCCACCGUGCUUCUACAUCUGCAUUGCUUGCUGUUUGGGGUUUUAGGCUGGGUUUCUGUAUAGCACUUUGUGACAUCUGCUGAUUGUAAAAAGGUUUUAUAAAUACAUUUGAUUGAUUGGCAGUCAUAAAAGUAUGCCAUAUUUACUUUGAAGAACUACAAAAUAGUGCUAGACAGCAUAGGCAGCAGCUCUAUAGAGAUGACUCGGAAUGAAAAAGUCAUCAAAUAAAAUAAAUGUAAUAUACACAACUGAAAUAUUUUAUUAAAGUCAUGUGAAUAAAUGAUGGUUAAUACCAUUGUGGGACUUAAAUUUUAUUCUGUGUUACAGCAUUCAAUCGAAAAACUGAUUAUUUUGUAAUAAUCUAACAGAAACCGAACUGACCUUGAAGCACUAAUCGCUCAGCACUACUAAUUAUUUAAUAAUUUAUCAAAAUAGUUUAACUUGCUUUUUUUUGCAAUAAUCACUGAUCUUGCUUUCAAGUCUGAAAAUGCCCUUUUGUUACAAAUUUAACCAGAACCAUGCAUAAUGCACAUUCCCUAAUAAUGACCAACUUAGCAGGCAUUAUAGAAAAUUAUCACAGGCCUCAUAAACAUCUCUCAAGCACAAGUCCACGUGCUAGAGAGUAGCCAGCUAAUCUUUAUAUUUAAAGUCUAGCCAAUUUGGAUCUAUUUGCUUGCUAACAAGGUAGAACAGUUGAAUAGUUAACACACCCUUCUGUCAGUCUCCAACUGUUUGAACAGCAUGCUAGACUGUCCACUUUGUUCAGAUGUUGAAAUCAAGUGGCCUACCUUAUUUGUCAGAAUGAGAACAGGUUGCCAAUUCCUUAUAUAAUUGUUGUUUAGGCUCAUUGCACAUUUUAUAAAGGACUAACCAGCUAAUAUAAGUAUGUGGCUAAAAUGCUGCUAGCGGUUUCUGUGCGUGACAGAAACUGAGCAUUCAUUUUCCAGAAUCAAUGUUCAUUGAUACGCCUGUUUUAGUAGUGUCUGCUCUUCGCACAAUUUGAAGAGGUUAAGUUCUCGUCUAUUACAGUAAAAUAAUGUCUCAAUGUGUUUCGGUGUCCAUAUGACCGAUAUUUAUGUUGGACCAAACCUCAAAUGUAAAUGGCAAGUUGAAACCACUUGUCAGAGAGAAGGUGAUCUUUCAUCUUUGUUGUUGUGCGUGGCAGGGGGAGGGGCUGUGUUUGUGUGUGAAAGAAUAGGAAUGUGCACCGUCGCAGAAGAAGUGAAGGAGAUGAGACCAAAAAGAUUAUUGUGAUAUAGGCAUUUGGAAUAUCGCGCUAAAACAUUAAUUUGAUAUAUCGCCCAACCCUAGUGUUUUACUUGUUGUUGCAGGGUUGUAGGUCACUUGGGGAAUUUCAACAUUCCAUUAUUAUUUUCUAAAAUAAUUUAAUUGUAGUUCAUUUUCUGAACUGUGAGAAAUUCACUGAAAGUUGCUGAAGUUUGGACAAAUGUUUUGCUUUCACAAAUAACAGAUCACAUGACACCAGCACAGAGCACACAUACCAACCUCCCUCCACCCCAUAGCAACUUUUUUAAACAAUGUCCAAUGAAUAGCUAAGCAGUAGGCUCUCAACAAUCUUCAUUUCCAUGGCUUAGCAUGUUGCCUUAACUUCAGUCUCUGCUUGAUUAAUUCUUACUGUGUAUCGCAUUGUCCUCACUCUUUACUGUGCUGAAACUAUGCUACAGUGCCUUCGGAAAGUAUUCAGACCACUUUACUUAUUCCACAUUUUGUUACGUUACAGCCUUAUUCUAAAAUGGAUUGAAAAGAUCUACACACAAUACCCCAUAAUGACAGCAAAAACAGGUUUUUAGAAAUGUUUGCACAUGUAUUAAAUAAAAACCAGAAAUACCUUAUUUACAUAAUUAUUCAGACAGUUUGCUAUAAGACUUGAAAUUGAGGUCAGGUGCAUCCUGUUUCCAUUGAUCAUCCAUUGAUCAUCCUUGAUGUUUCUACAUCUCCACCUGUGGUAAAUGUAAUUGAUUGGACAUGAUUUGGAAAGGCACACACCUGUCUAUAUAAGGUCCCACAGUUGACGGUGCAUGUCAGAGCAAAAACCAAGCUAUUAGGUCGAAGGAAUUGUCCGUAGAGCUCCGAGACAGAAUUGUGUUGAGGCACAGAUCUGGGGAAGGGUACCAAAAACAUUUCUGCAACAUUGAAGGUCCCCAAGAACACAGUGGCCUCCAUCAUUCUUAAAUAGAAGAAGUUUGGAGCCGCCAAGACUCUUCCUAGAGCUGGCCGCCCAGCCAAACUGAACAAUCGGGGGAGAAGGGCCUUGGUCAGGGAGGUAACCAAGAACCUGAUGGUCACUCUGACAGAGCUCUAGAGUUCCUCUGUGGAGAUGGGAGAACGUUCCAGAAGGACAACCAUCUCUGCAGCACUCCACCAAUCAGGCCUUUAUGGUAGAGUGGCCAGACGGAAUCCACUCCUCAGUAAAAGGCACAUGACAGCCCGCUUGGAGUUUGCCAAAAGGCACCUAAAGACUCUCAGACCAUGAGAAACAAGAUUCUUGUCUGAUGAAACCAAGAUUGAACUCUUUGGCCUGAAUGCCAAGCGUCACGUCUGGAGGACACCUGGUACCAUCCCUAUGGUGGUGGCAGCAUCAUGCUGUGAGGAUGUUGUUCAGCAGCAGGGACUGGGAGACUAGUCAGGAUCGAGGCAAAGAUGAACGGAGCAAAGUACAGAGAUCCUUGAUGAAAACCUGCUACAGAGCGCUCAGGACCUCAGACUGGGGUGAAGGUUCACCUUCCAACAGGAGAACGACCCAAAGCUCACAGCCAAGACAACGUAGGAGUGGCUUCGGGACUAGUCUCUGAAUGUCCUUGAGUGGCCCGGCCAGAGCACGGACUUGAACCUGAUCGAACAUCUCUGGAGAGACCUGAAAAUAGCUGUGCAGCAACGCUCCCCAUCCAACCUGACAGAGCUUGAGAGGAUCUGCAGAGAAGAAUGGGAGAAACUCCCCAAAUACAGGUGUGCCAAGCUUGUAGCGUCGUACCCAAGAAGACUUGCGGCUGUAAUCGCUGCCAACGGUGCUUCAACAAUGUACUGAGUAAAGGGUCUGAAUACUUAUGUAAAUAUAUUACAUAAAUUUUUGUAAAAAUGUCUAAACCAGUUUUUGCUUUGUCAUUAUGGGGUAUUGUGUGUAGAUAAGGGAAAUAUGAAAUGUAAUCAAUUUUAGAAUACGGCUGUAACGUAACAAAAUGUGGAAAAAGUCAAGGGGUCUGAAUACUUUCCGACUGCACUGUGUGUGUGUAUGUGUGUAUAUAUAUAUAUAUAUAUAUAUAUAUAUAUAUAUAUAUAUAUAUAUAUACACACACAGUGGGGAAAAAAAGUAUUUAGUCAGCCACCAAUUGUGCAAGUUCUCCCACUUAAAAAGAUGAGAGAGGCCUGUAAUUUUCAUCAUAGGUACACGUCAACUAUGACAGACAAAUUGAGGAAAAAAAAAUCCAGAAAAUCCCAUUGUAGGAUUUUUAAUGAAUUUAUUUGCAAAUUAUGGUGGAAAAUAAGUAUUUGGUCACCUACAAACAAGCAAGAUUUCUGGCUCUCACGGACCUGUAACUUCUUCUUUCAGAGGCUCCUCUGUCCUCCACUCGUUACCUGUAUUAAUGGCACCUGUUUGAACUUGUUAUCAGUAUAAAAUACACCUGUCCACAACCUCAAACAGUCACACUCCAAACUUCACAAUGGCCAAGACCAAAGAGCUGUCAAAGGACACCAAAAACAAAAUUGUAGACCUGCAGCUUGGUUUGAAGAAAUCAACUGUGGGAGCAAUUAUUAGGAAAUGGAAGACAUACAAGACCACUGAUAAUCUCCCUCGAUCUGGGGCUCCACGCAAGAUCUCACCCCGUGGGGUCAAAAUGAUCACAAGAACGGUGAGCAAAAAUCCCAGAACCACACGGGGGGACCUAGUGAAUGACCUGCAGAGAGCUGGGACCAAAGUAACAAAGCCAACCAUUAGUAACACACUACGCCGCCAGGGACUCAAAUCCUGCAGUGCGAGACGUGUCCCCCUGCUUAAGCCAGUACAUGUCCAGGCCCGUCUGAAGUGCAUUUGGAUGAUCCAGAAGAGGAUUGGGAGAAUGUCAUAUGGUCAGAUGAAACCAAAAUAUAACUUUUUGGUAAAAACUCAACUCGUCAUGUUUGGAGGACAAAGAAUGCUGAGUUGCAUCCAAAGAACACCAUACCUACUGUGAAGCAUGGGGUUGGAAACAUCAUGCUUUGGGGCUGUUUUUCUGCAAAGGGACCAGGACGACUGAUCCGUGUAAAGGAAAGAAUGAAUGGGGCCAUGUAUCAUGAGAUUUUGAGUGAAACCCUCCUUCCACCAGCAAGGGCAUUGAAGAUGAAACGUGGCUGGGUCUUUCAGCAUGACAAUGAUCCCAAACACACCGCCCGGGCAACGAAGGAGUGGCUUCGUAAGAAGCAUUUCAAGGUCCUGGAGUGGCCUAGCCAGUCUCCAGAUCUCAACCCCAUAGAAAAUCUUUGGAGGGAGUUGAAAGUCUGUGUUGCCCAGCGACAGCCCCAAAACAUCACUGCUCUAGAGGAGAUCUGCAUGGAGGAAUGGGCCAAAAUACCAGCAACAGUGUGUGAAAACCUUGUGAAGACUUACAGAAAACGUUUGACCUGUGUCAUUGCCAACAAAGGGUAUAUAACAAAGUAUUGAGAAACUUUUGUUAUUGACCAAAUACUUAUUUUCCACCAUUAUAUGCCAAUAAAUUCAUUAAAAAUCCUACAAUGUGAUUUUCUGGAUUUUUUUUCCUAAUUUUGUCUGUCAUAGUUGACGUGUACCUAUGAUGAAAAUUACAGGCCUCUCUCAUCUUUUUAAGUGGGAGAACUUGCACAAUUGGUGGCUGACUAAAUACUUUUUUUCCCCACUGUACAAACAUACACACUGGUGUUUAGUUGACCAAUUGUAUUUUCUUUGGCAUUUUGAAGUUAUCUGUGGGGGAAAUAUUCAAUAAGUCUGGGUGAGAUUUUGGUUUGUUAAUUAGUUUUCUCCCCCACUCAUCCUUUCAGGUUAUUGACAUCUCAAUGAUCCUGGCAGAGGCUAUUCGCCGGACACACAACGGAGAGUCUGUGUCGUAUCUCUUCAGCCAUGUUCCCUUGUAACAUCCCACGAGCAGCCACACCCCACCCUUUCCCCCCGGUGAACCUGUACCAAAGGAGGGAUGUCUGGAGCACCAUCAUCACAGCCCAUCCAUUCAUUCCCCAUGUCAAGAGAAGGGAUGGAAGUAGUUAGUAAAUACUCCUACUGUGUGGUAGCCUACUUUUUCCAAUAUUCUGUUAGUGCACUGGUGAUCAACAGGUUUAACCUUUUGACUUCACUUGGUGUAAUAAUAUGCCAGGUUGUUUCAUAUAAGCAUUGUCUAUUUUCAGAUUGAAAGCUCUAGUUUACAUUGCUGCUGAUGCCCCAUUUGAGAGAAACUUUCACUCCAAGAUGGCUGGUUCUGUUUUAUGAGCUUGUUUUUUUUUUUGUUACUGAUAUAUUUUUGUAUUAGGGGGACUUGGGCCUCCUUGAAAAGUGAGGCUACCCACUUGCAUUUCCAAGACAGUAUAUUUUAUUUUACGAGAAAGGUGCUUUUGACACAGUUGUUCAAGAAUAAAGCAUUGUGUACUGUUUACAUCCUUGCUUUAGUUAGGCUAGUCUUGAGUUGUUUUUAUGCUAAAUAAGCUUGUUUUUCACGCUAUAUUCUAGGAUGCGUGCGUGCGCCGUUCACAAUUCCGUUCAAAAGUGACCUUAAUUCUAUGCCUUGGUGUGUUGAUACCAUGAUUUAAAUAUUUUGUUGCAUGGUUUUAUGUAAUUGAAAUCAAAACAUAACUUGCUGUGCGCACACAGUGUACAAAACAUUAGGAA